CACAUCAAGCAUUCUCGCACUGACUUUCUUCCUUCGUGGACGGCACAUUGGCAUUGUUUUCUUUUUCUUUCAGUUUGUUCUUCUCUGUUGUGUAGUAAACAUCCCAUUCACCACGCACUGAUUCCGAACAGAACAUUCUGAUCAUCUCAACAACUGAUCGUCUCAACAACAGCAACCACCACCACGGCAGAUCAAGUUAAAGCAAGUGGCAGAAGAGGUUGAUACCCACAAUUUUUCAACAUCAUUACUGGGUUGUCUUUUUGUGUCACCAACAAGAUGAAUCCUCGUUUAGCCCGUGCCUUUUAUCGCUCAUAUUUGCGACUCUCUCAGAAGGGGCAUCAUCCCCAAAUCUUUGGUCGCUAUGGGGCCGCCGUCUUUGCUCAGCAGAGUGACCAACUGAAUGAACAUGCUUCCUUGGCAUUGCCGUCGUCUCCCGCACAAGUCCGGAACCGGCUCAAACAAUGGUUUCGAUCCGAUGAAAAGCCUCUGGACAAUGAUACUGCUACCUGUGCUGUAUUGCAAGAAAUGGCUCAGAACCCACUGGACGUCUUUCGUCGGAUCCACGAAAACCAAAAUAUGCUACCCAAUACCCUGUCGGGUGCCCAGUUGCCCAUCUUUGACUAUGAUGGGAUGGCUGCCUUGCCAGGUGAACGAUUUCAAACCCUCUUCUUGGAACCCCGCUAUGUCCAUGGUCUCUUGCCACUCGUUUUGGCAUCCUCCAAUCAACACUUCUUGUUGCGCCCUCACAGGCAGGCGUCCACUGGCACCUUACUCAAACUAGUGUCCCAUCAACAUGUGCAUUUACCAGCCUGUACCAUCGGCAAAACAAUGACAAACCAAGAACAGCCAUCCUCAAAUGACACGGCGGAAAGUAAGACAAAUGACGACCAAAGCAGUCAGUUGCAGGAACCAGAAAAGAGGAGGAUUGCCGGUGUGGCAGUGACUUGUGCGGCGGGGUCACUUGUCCGGAUUGAAGAAGAAGAGCAAAUUGAUGGACUCUCAGAGUACAUGCAACUCUACGCAGGUGCCCUCUUACAUCGCAACAAGACAGGAGAAGAACAACCGUUGGAGGAUGAUCCAGAAUGCUGGAGUACCAGCAAGGCGCCGCUGGCCUUGGCGACCCAUUGCAGCCAUCACUACGAUGACCGUGACUGGAUGACAAGCGAUCAUGAGGCCGAAACACGACAGUACAUUCUACACUUGCUCCAAUGCGUCCUGGCGUAUCAUGACACGGACUUUGCUGAAACACUGGUUCAAACUGGCUUUGGACUACCACCAUUGGACGCCCAAGCCUUUUCCUUUUGGGCUCUCCGGUUUGUCUUGAGGCAAGAUGAUGUGGAAGGACGUCUUCAUUGGCAGCAAGACUGCCAUUCUAUCAGGCAACGUCUUGAGUUUGUGUUGCAAGAAGCGGAAGCCAUUUUGGAUGCUCAACAAGAGGAAGAAGAGGAGGAAAUGGUGGGAGCCAGGUUCGGAUAGGGCACUGCCGCUUUUUGAUAUCUUUGAUUCGAUUCAAUCAUUCACCCAGUUAUUGGAUCGUUCUGCAUAUUAUUUCACGAGGGCGCGUUCGAACAGACCAACAAUUUUGAAUGACGACACUACUACUAUUACAUAACAGAGGAAGUAUCGGCUAUUUGCGAUAUAGCUAGCAUAGUCACGUUAUAUAUCUAGCUCUCGUCAUAUUCUUG